AUGAAAGUCCCCUCAGGUCUUAUCGUACCGCCUUCUUUCUCUAAGUUGCUUGUUAUAUCAUUGAAAUCUCCUAUUCUGCAGUCGAUGAAGUUAUCAGUCGCUUCCAAGACUUCAAACUUUGUGUCCUCUUUCCAGAAGAGAGCCAAGCCACCAGCCCCAUGGCCAUGGGGAGAGACAAGGAAGUUAUUGGAAUAA